AUGUUGAGUGUGGAAUGGGAGUCAGAGGGUUUACAAACUGUUGGCAUCGUUGUGAUAAUCUGUGCAUCUCUCAAGUUGCUUCAUUUCCUGGGUCUGAUUGAUUUUUCUGAAGACAGUGUUGAAGAUGAGCUGGAAAUGGCUACUGUCUGCCAUCGCCCUGAGGGGCUGGAACAGCUUGAGGCACAAACUAAAUUCACAAAGAAAGAGCUCCAGAUCCUCUAUAGGGGUUUUAAAAAUGAAUGUCCCAGUGGCAUAGUUAAUGAAGAGACAUUCAAAGAGAUUUACGCACAGUUUUUUCCCCAAGGAGAUGCAUCCACAUAUGCACACUUUCUGUUUAAUGCCUUUGACACAGACCACAAUGGUUCAGUGAGUUUUGAGGAUUUUGUUAUGGGCCUUUCUGUUUUACUUCGUGGAACAAUACAGGACAAACUUAAAUGGGCUUUCAAUUUGUACGACAUAAAUAAGGAUGGAUAUGUAACAAAGGAGGAGAUGUUGGACAUAAUGAAAUCUAUUUAUGACAUGAUGGGAAAAUACACUUACCCUAUUCUCAGAGAGGAAACACCCAGACAACAUGUUGAGAUUUUUUUCCAGAAAAUGGAUAAAAAUAGAGAUGGAGUUGUCACAAUUGAUGAAUUCAUUGAUACCUGCCAAAAAGAUGAAAACAUUAUGAAAUCCAUGCAACUCUUCGAAAAUAUCAUUUAACAACAGCGAUAAUCAAGCACUUUAAAGAACACCUUCACAGAUUCUAAAUUAAAGAUGAGUGACUGUGAUCAGUGGAAAACCCACAACAGCUAUAACUAAACUCAGCAACAGGCUGAGAAAACAUAUUAUGCAAGUGAGCUUUGUUCAGCUGUGAAGCUUCCAACUAGUUAUUUUUUUAGAGUUAUGAACAUAUCCAUCUCAUGAAAUUAGGAAUGAUUUUGAGUUUUCAUAUGAUUUUGAGUUAGUUGCACAUGUAGAAUGCAUGCUUUCCUAAACUAGGGAACGGAGAUAAUGACCCUUGGAAAGAUAAUAAAGUCUAUGGUUAUGUCACAACUGUGACAUUAUUUUUUGGUCAUGUGGAUGAGAAAUAGAUUUUGUGUGUGUGUAUGGGUGUCCAUGUGACUAUGUAGCACAACACUUCUGAUUUGCUGCAGACUGUGUGGAAAUAAGCAGCACCCCAAUCAAACAUGAUCCAACAGUCUAUUUAAGUGUAAUUUUAAUACUACAUAGAACAAGAUAAUGAAACGUUAACUAACAUAUUAUCCAUUUGUACAUCACAGUUUCUUAACUAGUAUAAAUGCAGCACCUUUUAUGGGAAGGUAGAGUU